AUGGCAAAGUUAAUAGUAUAUAUUGCUUUUAUCAUUUAUUGCCAAGCUGCCAACCAAAACCAAGCUAGAAAUGCAGCAGCACCUGCGCAAGGAGCAGAUGCAAGAGCAGCAGCUGCGAGAGUUGGAGCAGUAGCUGCGGAGAUUACCACAGAUUAUAAAGCUGAUGAGUUAUGGGAAGAUGGUCGAUUAAUAGCGACAACAAAAGUAAACAAAUCAAUAUUGAUGAAUUGUGGGACAAUGGAGGAUGGACGAUUGUUUAUUUUGGAGGAGAAACCGUUUCUAUUUGUGGGAAACUCUCUGGACUUGAUAAAGUGA